AUGAGUGAUCCAUCCUCAAUCUCAACUCUACCAAGUACUCUUACAUCAGAUAAAUCUCUCACCUCAACCCAAACUGCUCCGCUGGAUUCUUCCACAGCUACUCAAACGUCAGGCGCAAGCCUUGACUCCAAAAAACAAACAUCAAGUUCAUUUCCUACGAUUGGUGUGAGCUCUUUACCUCCAGAACUCGCUUCUGCUUCAAUUAUUCCAGUUGGUCUUGCUUCAGAACAACAACCAAUCUCACAGGAUUCAGUAGCAAAGCCAACUUCAAGUUCCGGUGGUGCUUUUGAUUUGAAAUCAUCUAACCCUGUCUCACAAGACUCAGUAGGAAUGACCACUUUGAGUGAUAGUCUUGAUAAAAAAUCAUCUAACUUAAUCUCACAGGAUCCAGUAGGAAAGAACAGUUUGAGUGAUAGUCUUGAUACGAAAUUAUCUAGCUCAAUUCCUAUCACUUCUAGUACUCCAAAUUCUUUGCAAUCUACUAUACCCAAAUCAUUCAUAGAAGCUCCUCCUACUGAUCUGAAUCAAUCUAGUAUAUCAACUUCAACUUCAACAUUAUCUCCCUCAUCCACUCUACUUCCAACUCAAAGCCUAGUCAAACCCAAUGAGACUUCAACCGUUCUAGUUCCUGCAAGUAACAAAACUCCCGAAUCUGUGAUCGUUCCUGCCAAGACUACCAACCAAGAAUCUUCUACCAUACCAAAAGCAGUUAAUCAACAAUCUAAUACCACAGCUAUUCAUACCAAUGUUAAUACUACUGCCACUUCAUCCUCAAAGAACUCUGCUAAGAAUGAUGGAAACAGUUCAUUACAUUCAGGUGGAACUGCUUUGAUAAUCUUAACGAUCCUUUUCAUUGGAAUCAUUGCUGGAUUAUUAUUUUGGCGUAGAAGACGUAGAGAUGCAAACGAACGUAAGAAUAUAGUAGAAGGUAUAGAGAAAGUCACCAUGAAUAAGAAAGGAGGAGAUUUAGAAAAAGGAGAAUAUUUAAGUUCAACUUCAAGUGAUGGUAGUAUGAUGGAAAGUCAUGAAGAUGGUCAUGAGUUUAAAGAAGGUGGAUAUUUUGGAAAAAAAGGGAUCAUCAGAUCAAGUAGACCUAGAUCUUUGUUACUAAAAGAAGGCACUCAAGCAGGUGACAAAAACACGAUUGCGAUCAAUCAAACACCUUCACUACGUUCACAACAAAUCUCACCUGAAUCGAAUCAUGAAGGUUUACAAGUGCCAGGAGUCCAUUUAAGAUCUAAUCGAUUACAAAACAGACCUAAUUCAUGGAGAUCAAGUAUUGCAGUUGCAUGGGCAAGUCUUGGGAUCCCUGCUAGAUUGUUAAACGAACCAAGUCAUAAACUUUCACCUGGAAUCAACUCACUUGAUCGAAGUAAUUCUUCAUCAACUAAUGCAUCACAUAAGAAACCGAUCGAAACUCAAACUUAUCGUCCACCUGCACCUGCACCUGAUUAUCGUUCGACUAGAUUCAAAGGACCUGCAGCCGAUCAUCAAAGCAAAACGUAUAGAUUAUCACAAAUGAUUCGAGAAGAAGAAGAAUCAUGUGUUUCUUCUUCGGUUGAAGAUGGAUCUAGUAGUCUUCAAAGUGAAAGUCCAACAAAUGGAUCAUCCAUCACUGGAAGUUAUACCGAAAGCUGUAUUGGAAGUUCGAAGUUAUCUAGAUCAAGUUCAUCUGACAGUCAAGGAAGUCCAAACCAAAGCAUCACCGAAAGUUUAAACUCUAGUUCUACAUUACAAGGAAGUCAUAGUUUGGCAAACUCUUUGUCCCAUCGAUCUGAUUCGGUUUCAGGUAAUAGUAGUGAUGAAUCUCAUACCAUCAGUUCUAAAGCAAAUAGUUUCUUUACUGAAGAAAUCGGUCUUAAUCAAAUUCGUUCAGAUUCAAAGAUCGGAUCACAAGUUAGUAUUGAUACUCAUUUAGAUCUUCAUCAACAAAUCGGGUAUCAUGAGAUUGAUGUAAAUCAGAAACCUAUUGAAUUAAUUGUUCAUGGUAAUGCAAUGUGA